GGAGUUAACCAAGCGAAUGGUUAAAUGUGUAAUUUUUUUCGCGCCACUUCUUUCUUUAUUCUUUUGGAUAUGAAUUGGAUACAUACAUCAGUUCAUUUUUUGAUGAUAGGAGCUGAAGCUUGGUCAUGUGAUAUCGUAAUGAUUGCCUAAAGUGUUAUCCCGUUUGUUUUGAAUUUUGCCGAGUUCGUAGCAAAUCAAUCAAUCAAGGAAGUGGAAUACUCAUUAGUAAUUUGGUCAAAAGAUUGAACGGUCACAGUUUAAUUACUCGUCCUUAUGAAACAGAUAACGGUUGUAUGAUAUUAAUCAAUAUUUUUUUUUUAUUUUGGCUUCAAUUUGAAACAGAAGCACACGUAAGUUGGAUAUAGUGCAUCAGCGAGUCUUCAAGAACUUUAACUGUUUCGUCUUCUUUGAAUUAUUUAUCCUCAAUACUAUCAUAUUGUGAUUUGGAAUAUGAACCUAAAAGUUCAAGUUCGCUAAGGAAAAAAUUUCUACUAUUAUUGUCUGUUUACAUUUGCUUAUGCACGUCGGUAAGAAAAAGUAAAUAAUCAUUAGUUGUUGACGUGAUUAUUCUUGAAGCUAUGUUUUGCAUGAUCGUUACAUGAAUUACAUUUCUAUCUUCAGUUAGAAAGCAAAGAGAAUGAACAAAUGUAAAGAAGUACUUCAUCAUUUAUUAGCAAGGUGAACUUUAAAAAAAAUUAGUUUUUAUUUAUAUAAAUAAAAAUAUUUCGAAACAGCUGCUGAAAUAUAAUUAUCGCUUUUUUGCAACAAGUAUGGUUAUUUAUUCUCUAAAGUGCCUAUAAAUUGGAACGUUUUUGUAAUCUAAAAACUAUGCAAAGGAUAUUGCUUUUAUUAUUAUGGAAUGCUUUUCUGCUGUUAGUGGUGGUCAAAGAAUUGGAAGGCCAGAGUUGUGGACCACGGGUCAGCGCCCGACUUCUGGCAGAAAUUCCCUGUGACAUGAGUAAAUCUAGUUACUGCAGUGCACCAGGCAGUGCCUAUCCAUGGAGCUCUGUUAAACGUUAUAUUAAUGACAAUCAAGGUCUUGUUCGACGAAUGUACGGUGAUGAAAAACACAGCUCUGUAUUGUUAAAUGAAAUAGAUGGUUUCAGACUCAGAUUUGAAAUGCUUCGAAAUGCCUACGAAGGCUUUCACAGCAGAACUGUAUACGGCAGAUCCGUUAAGUCCGGACCACGAUCGGGAAAGUCCAAUCGACGCCAGCCGAGACCACAGAUUUUCGAAGAUGAACCAGAAAUCAUUGAAUUGAAUGGACCAGACCCCUCAGAGCCAGCAACCAUUUUUAGAGUGGUGACCGAGACAUCGAUUAAAGUCGGAGAAGCCGUGACUCAAUCGAUGACAUCUCAAGGUUCAACAGUAUCCUACGAACCUGCUGCUGAAUUCGAAACUACUACUAAAAACAAGGAAGGGGUAGCUGCGACGACUACGGAAAAAGUAGACGAAACUACAACCGUUACCAGGACUCAAACUACGACAGAGACUCUUCCUAUAUCUGAAACAGUGACUGAGCCUAUCACCACAGAAACGUCAACGACAGCCACAGAACCAAGCACCACGGAAGCUCAAGCAGAACCGUUGCCAUCUGCCAUGGAACGAAUCGGUUAUGUUGAAUUCGAAGAAGAAUAUGAAUUUGAGCCAAAAAGAAGAACGGAUCAAUCUGUUUUGCAAAAUAGUGUUGAAGAAAAAACUAGAUACAAGGAUGAUAUAGAUACGAAAAAGCCCAAUGCGAAUACUUUUGAUAGCGCACAGAAGUACGAUGAAGAUCUUCUGGCUGAGGCAUCAGUUGAAGAAGAAAAGCAGGAAGAAAACACGACAACUGAAGCUGAAGAAAAAGAAGAGGUGCCGAGAAGAGGAAUAAAUGCUUGCCCAGUGAAGAAUGAAGUAAUAGCUCCUUACUGGGCGAAUAAUACCAGAGGCGAAACAUUGGCUCUUUUGAACGUCCACCCCUUUGAACAAUAUGUUCAUUUCGAAAAAUGCGCAUUCGAAAAUCAUCAAAUGUUAUGCAGAGACGGGUGUCGGUGUGAGCAGCAAUACAGAUUGCACAGACUUUUGGCAUUUGAUCCCAAGAAUGAGUGCCGUGGAAUUUUCUCCGACUGGUUUCGGUUUCCAUCUUGUUGCGUGUGCAUCUGCUACGACCUGACUCCUGAUAUUCCACGAACAAGAAGACGAAAAGGCAGGAUGUAAAAAAAAAACGGAAAACAGGAAAGUUAAUUUCGUUCCGUUAACAGAUCUCAAUUACGCAGUGAGAAGCAUCAGAGCAAGUGGAAAUAAAUUAUUCGAACCUAUGUUGAUUAGAGAAAUCAAUAAUGAAGACAAUUAUUGCUUUCAGGUGAAGAUUCUUCUUUCAUUAGAAAGUUCUUUUUGUACUGUAUUCAACAGAUUUUACACGGUGUUUAUAAAAACCUCUAGAAGAUUUCGAAAGAUUAUUUAUUUCAUAUGGAAUGAUGGACACACUCUUCUUUUAAUAAACAUCAAAAGCCUAUUUUAUCACAUAGGGUGGCAUUAAAGAUUGUCCCAUUUCUAAUUGUAUUACAAAAAAUCGGAAUAUAAUCAACAAUCUGAAUAUUAUAAUAGUUAACCACAUCAUAUUAAAAGUAAACUAACCUAGUUUUUUUUUAGAAAUAAUGAACAUGUGUCCCAUUGGUUAUACGGCACACUUACAGCAACGCAAGAUACAAAUCUGGCAAUAAUGGACGCAAUAAGGCCUCUUCAAUCCAGAGUCUCAACUCUGGCAAAUACUUCGGAAGCAGCGGCACAUAAUCACGAUAUUUCAUAAAUCCUCAGAGGGUGUUUUUACUAAUUUAGGGAUCACAAUUAAACCUUAAAUGAUAUGCACGUUGAAUUGAAAAUACACUUUAUAACAGAUGCAGAUUCAUUCAGAGAAUUGCAGAAGACUACGAUCAGGAGUCGCCAUUUUGAAUACGUGGCGCUGCAAGCAAAAACAAACAUCACAAUUGUACUCGUACAUACUGGUAAUCUAAAUCUGUUUCAGUUAAUGUUUAAUUGUAAGGUUGAACCAACACUCUACAACGAUAACAGUCGAUACGAUUAAUGUUUCCAACAUUCUUUUAUGGACACAGUAUUAACAAAAAUACCUUCUUUUUUUUUCAAUUAGUGAUUCUUCGAUUUUUUAUUAAUUAAAUACCGAAUAAAGCUGAAGUAAAUGUUACCAAUUUCUAUUUUUUCUUAAAAUUUCCGUGUUUUGAAACUCGGAAAAUAACACUUUCAAAACAACAUUACCAAAAUAAUAUUUGUUUGAAUUAGAGAGCUCUAUUGAUUAGCGAUCAGAUCAAAUAACCAAUUGCAAGUGUAAUAUGUGCAAUAAUGAGUAAAAUAUGUUUAGUCAAUAUUUGACUAAUUUUCAAAAAGAAAGUUGUGGACAAGUUUGAGACGUAAUGUAACAUUGUUGCCAAACUGUAUGUUAAAUUAUAUGCUUGGUAUUAUAUGCCUUCUAAAUUGUUAAUUCACGGAUCUGAUGAGACUAAAAUCUUUUGGUUCGAAAAACUCGAUUGGCGAGCAAGAUUGGUGAUAAAGAACAUCUUGAAACACGUCCAAAAAAUGUAAGACACUACGAGAAUAUUGCUCUAGAAAACAUUUGAAAAUGCACAAUAAUGAAUAUUUAUUCAAAUGAUUUUUGCACAGUAGGGGUCCGAUUAUCUCUAUUAAUCAUAAAAAUAUUACUAAUAAAAAAGAAUUGAAAGAACUCGGUUCCACUGUAAAAAAAACUCAGUUAUAGAGAGUAAUUGAAACCAUUGAAAUAAAUAUAUUUUUUUGUGUAUAUUUUGUAUAAUAGAGGUAGGUAGGUACUUUAUUUACGUCGCACUAGAGCUGCACAAUGGGCUAUUGGCGACGGUCUGGGAAACAUCCCUGAAGAUGAUCCAAAGACAGCCCUGACUGUUAUGUAACUGUGUGGUAGCAAGAUUGGCCCCCAAAACAUGUAUUUAAAUUUUGUAUGCGUUAUUUUCUGCUCGAUUAAAAAAUCUUGUAUGUUAUAUAAAACCAACAAAAAAUAUUCAUAAUUGAAAAUAAUUUUAACGGAGUUUCACGACAUACAAAUGAAUAUAUUUUAAAAUUUCUUAACACUUAGUAUUAUUACGUAUAAGAUACCCGCGGACACUUAAAAUUUUAGAAAGCGGUAACGAAAAUAAAACAAAUAUUGAUAUUUUCAUUUCUAGUAACCACCACUACAGAUUGUUUUCCAAUAAAAGCAUAAAUGCAUGAAAAUUCCAGCUUCUAAAACCACUUAACGAUAAAGCCAUUUAAUAAAAUAAGAAAUAUCUUCUAGCAUUAACCUAAAUUUACUUUCACUUCUAAAACUUUUCAAAGACCGCAGGAACCCUAAACAUAUGAAAUGCUAUGAAUACUUAUAAGGCUCGAAAUACGUAUAUGAUGUCAGAAAUCAAAAAUGAAAUUACUUUCUUAUAGAUUCGAUAUAUUAUUAAACAAUUGCCAGCCAUUGACUAUUAGGUCAUUUGGCUUCUAGCUCUCCAGUACUUCUUAAAAAUACAGUCGAAGUCUUUUAGUGUAGAGCACGUGUCCAAAUAAGCAGCAGUCGAUAUAGAACUAUCUUACUAAUAUUUUUUUUUUAAAAAAAGCCUUUCAAAAAUAUAAACAAUAGAGAAAACGAUUAAAUAUUAAUUCAAACUAUCAAAAUUCACCAUAACAAUGCUUUUGAGGAAGAAAAAUGUUAUAACAGGUGGGGGAAAAAAAUUUAUUGACUUACAGUCACGAGAAAAACUACCGCAGAAAGCGCUAUAUAAAAAUCAGAAUAAAACUGGUGGUAAGAUCAAUCCAUUUGAAGCAUAGUAGUAAGAAAAAAAUCAUUUACUACCGUGACUUACUGGAUGUGUGUUAUAACUGUAGUAAGUCAAGGUAGUCUGGGAUAUUUUACUCCUUUGAAAACAUGCUUAAAAAGAAAUAGUCUUGCAAUCAGUUUUUACUCUUUUCCUGCGAGAGUUUAUCUCGUGACGGCCAGUCAAUAUUGCCUUCGUUUUGAAGUCUAAUGUAAUCAAAGCUGAAUACUGAUAUCUCUUGGAAUUGAUGCUGGUAUCAUCAACAAAAUGUAGAUUUUGAUACAAUUGUAAAUAGAUAUGAUUGUUGUUUUGAAAUUGUUUUCUAAAUCAUGAAGAAAAAAAAUUAUUUUGUUGUUUUCUAUUCACACAUUUAUUAUUUAAGAUGUAAGAGUGAAGCAGCGAUGUUUGCACUAAUGCUUUGAUGACUGUUUAAUGCUAAAAAAUGCAAUACAUAUAUAGUGAGUGCCUGUUAUAAAUAAUGCUUGGAAAUAAAGAUUCUUGAUAAUUA